AUGUCCCUCCGCUGUUUGUUCCGCCCCGCGGUGGUCUCACCGCGCACCUAUACCGCAACCCGGACCUUCGCCAGCCAAGCGCCCGGCAACCCGGUCUUCGAGGUCUUCAAUCGGAAAACAAAACACAUCCAGAAGGACCGCGCGGCCCGGAAUGUUGAGGAGAGUCGCAAGGUAGACUACAUCAAAGACGAGGUGGCCAUGCGGCUGUGUGAGCGAUUACUGGACAUCAAACGAGAAUUCCCCAACGUGCUCGACCUCGGCGCCAACAGCUGCAACAUCGCGCGCGCCCUGACAACGCCCAACCCAGACCCGAACACACCCAGCUCGCCGCCGCUGGCCAACCGCAUCUCCAAGCUCACCUGCAUCGACACGUCGCCGGCGCUGCUGUACCGCGACGCCGACGAGCCGUUCAACUCGGAGCUCGCUAUCACGCGGCAGGUCGUCCCGGACCUGGAGUCGCUGCCGUUCGCGCCCAACACCUUCGACCUGGUCCUCUCGUCGCUGUCGAUCCACUGGAUCAACGACCUCCCCUCGCUGCUGGCGCAGGUCAACUCGAUGCUCAAGCCGGACUGCCCGUUCAUCGCGGCCAUGUUCGGCGGCGACACGCUGUUCGAGCUGCGCACCUCGCUGCAGCUGGCCGACAUGGAGCGCCGCGGCGGCGUCAGCCCGCACGUCUCGCCGCUCGCCGACGUCCGCGACGUCGGCGGCCUGCUCAACAAGGCCGGCUUCAAGAUGCUCACCGUCGACGUCGAGGAUAUUGUCGUCGAGUUCCCGGACACCUUUGCCCUCAUGCAGGACCUGCAGGCCAUGGGCGAGAACAACGCUAUCCUGCAUCGCGAGCUCGGGCCCAUCUCGCGGGAUGUCCUGCUCGCCAACGAGGCUAUUUACCGUCAGCUGCACAUGGAGGAGGGCGCGCGCGGCAUCCCCGCGACGUUCCGGCUGAUCUACAUGAUCGGCUGGAAGGAGGGCGAGGGUCAGGCGCAGCCGUUGCAGCGCGGAAGCGGCGAGAUGAAUCUGAAGGAUCUCCUGGGUGGGGGAGACUUUUCCAACCAGUAG